UGGUGCCUUAAACUUGCUUCCAUGGCAAAGAAGAUUCUGUUUUCAUUUGAUAAAUAUUUAAGUUCUGUUUUCUGCAGGCAGUACGGUGGCUAUGAAUAUUCUCAGCAAGGUGGAUAUGUCCCUCCAGAGAUAAUGCAGCCUCAACAGCCGUACACUGGUCAAAUUUUUCAGCCAGCACCAGCAUACACACCAUCUUCAUCACAAUCUUUCUAUGGAAGCAAUUUUGAGGAUGAACCUCCGUUACUAGAAGAACUAGGAAUAAAUUUUGACCAUAUCUGGCAGAAGACUUUAACAGUACUGCAUCCAUUAAAAGCUGCAGAUGGCAACAUUAUGAAUGAAACUGAUCUGGCAGGGCCUAUGGUCUUCUGCCUAGCCUUUGGAGCCACCUUAUUGUUG